GUCUUUUCAUGAAAAAACUGAUCCUAGUGAUCCACUUGAUCUCUCUGAAAAAACUUAACUUUCUCCUCUAAAGAUUCCUUCUUUAUAUCACUGGAACCAAAUCUUAUAAUCUGAUCCUUCUUUGCCUGCUCAAUUAUUUUGGGUUUUGAUUUUUAGGGUUUCGUAUCAUUUGAUUCCAUGUCGGGAAAAGGUCUCUCUCCGGCGUCCUUCUCCGCGCCGCCGAUGACCGUCCAAGAUGCCGACCCGUUGCGUUUCCGGGUCGGCGAACAGGACCCUAAAACCCGCGAAUUCGCCGCCUUUAUCGGCGACCAACACCGCUAUUUCGCGGCGGCGGCCGCCGCCGCCGCCGCUGCGAAUCCUCACCCUCACCCUCAUAUCGAGUUCCGUCAGAGUUUCUACUCGGAGAUCGGAAACCCUAACGACAGCGGUGGAUCAGACGGGGAGGAGGUGGUGGAAGAAGAAGAAGAAGAAGAGGAUGAUGAUGACGUGGACGGAAACGAAGGCGAUGGUAUGAACAAAGACGUUGGCGAAGAUGGAGGAGGCGCUGUGGUGGGGAUUGAGCAAGACAACGCAGCUUACUACUCGCAGCAGUUUAAGGCAAUGGAAGCGAGUUUUGUUUCUAGGCAUGAGGAGUCGUCAUCAGUCGCUGCUGAGAAUGGGUGUGACGUUAGCGGCAGAAGAGACGCUUCCUCUUCUUCUUUGAGCAGUUCGAUCGAGUCUUUGAGGACCAUCUUGUCUGAUCCUAUAACAGGGGCUUUGAUGUCUGAUGCAAUGAUUUUGCCUUGCGGACACACUUUUGGAGCUGGUGGAAUAGAACAAGUUAAACAAAUGAAAGCUUGCUGCACUUGUUCGCAGCCAGUCUCAGAAGACUCUAUAACCCCAAACCUCACUCUGCGAGUUGCAGUACAAGCAUUCUGCAGAGAAGAGAAGUCACAGUCGAACCAUUCAUCUAAGCGAAAACGAGAAGGAUUUGAUCAAGAGAGACGAUCAUUUGGUGACACGGCUUAUACAAAUCGUUCAAGGAACAGAACUAAUCAUUUCCCUUUUGCUGUGGCAGAUCGAGUUAUAAUAAAGGGAAACAAGAGGACACCGCCUCGUUUUGUAGGAAGGGAAGCUGUUGUGACUACUCAAUGCUUGAACGGCUGGUAUGUGGUGAAAACACUAGACAAUGCAGAGAGUGUUAAGCUUCAGUAUCGUUCAUUGGCCAAAGCCACAGAAGAUCCAUCAACCAAGGCAACACCAAGCAAGAUGGUUUCCAACUAGCUCUAAACAGACCUUCCUUGUGAAGAGACUACUUUCUGAUAGUACCAAAAACCUAUCCACAGAUCAUAGAUCACAGUUACAUAUUGUAAAUUCUUGUAGUGGUUGCUUCAUGUCAGAUGUUUGAAGAAAUUAGGUUUCGGGCAAGAGCCAGGCUGAACAUAUCUGAAUCAUAUGAUAUAAUACAUAGUUAUUUUGCU